CAUUUGAAUGAGAGAAUCCGAAUAAGAUUACCUAAAACAAACGUUAGUAUUCCCAAUUACCAAAACACUACCUCAUUUCAUUCGUCUGCCCACACAACCCAUCCCACUGCGCUGUCCUGAUCGGUGGUUAGGGUUUCGACACACUCAAUCUGCAAUGUCUGCUCACGAUAGUCGACCCGAUGGCAGUGACGACGGCUACGCAGCUCUGGAUUCCUCCGCCCACAGCAAAAGAGGUAACGCGUUCGACGAUCGCCACUCGCAUCGGAAGCACAAUUCUCAUGGAUCAGAUAAUGAGAGAUUGAGGACCAAAGAUCAUUGGCAACAUAGAGAAAAGGAUGCAGUCCAUCAUGAUAGGGACUAUAGGGAUAAAAGUAUGAGAUAUGAUAGAAGAAGGGUUGAACGUGAUGGCCGUCAAAGGAUCCGUGAACAUGGCAGGCGCCAUGAUUAUGAUCGAGACUGGAGACAGAGGCAUAGAUCACGAUCCCAUUCAAAGGAUAGAUCUAGGAACCAAUCCCAAUCAUGCAGCCAGCCCCAUUCUCCUUGUAAAAACAAGCGGACCAGCGGUUUUGACAUCGAACCACCUUCUGCCGCUGUGUUGCCAAAUGCUGCUUUUUCAGGGCAGCAACCAGCUGGUGUUCCUAAUGCAAUCCCAGGAAUGUUCCAAAACAUGUUGCCCUUUGGGACGACGCAGAUGGGAGCUCUUCCUCUAAUGGCUGUGCAAACCAUGACUCAGCAGGCUACAAGGCAUGCACGCCGAGUGUAUAUUGGCGGUCUUCCUCCUGUAGUUAAUGAGCAGACAAUUGCAACAUUUUUUAGUCACAUUAUGAUUGCAAUUGGAGGAAAUUCUGCUGGUCCAGGUGAUGCGGUUGUCAAUGUUUACAUCAAUCAUGAAAAGAAGUUUGCAUUUGUGGAGAUGAGAACUGUUGAAGAAGCAAGUAAUGCAAUGGCCUUAGAUGGGAUUGUAUUUGAGGGCGUUUCUGUGAGGGUUCGAAGGCCUACAGACUACAACCCUGCUUUAGCUGCUGCACUCGGUCCUAGCCAACCAAGUCCUGACCUUAACUUAGCUGCUGUUGGACUGAAACCAGGUGCAAUUAGUGGAGCAGAUGGACCUGACCGUAUCUUUGUGGGUGGAUUGCCCUACAACUUAACUGAAGCCCAGAUUCGAGAAUUGCUGGAGUCAUUUGGACCUUUGCGUGGUUUCGACCUCGUUAAGGAUAGAGACACGGGAAACUCUAAAGGAUAUGGCUUUUGCAUAUACCAGGAUCCUAUGGUGACAGAUGAGGCUUGUAAAAAUCUCGAUGGCUUGAAAAUGGGCGACAAAACUUUAACUGUCAGGCGUGCUACUCCAAGUGGGCUGACAAAGUCAGAACGGGAAAACAUAUUGGCGCAGGCACAGCAGCAUAUAGGCAUGCAGAAAAUAGCCAUGCAACCUGGUGGUGUAAAUCUACAUGGUGUAGGCAUAGCAUCAACAGCAACACUGGACAUGCCAACCAAAAUAUUAUGCUUGACAGAGGUGAUUACUAGUGAUCAACUGAGGGAUGAUGUAGAGUAUGAAGAGAUACUAGAGGACAUGAAGGAAGAAGGUGCAAAGUUUGGUGCCUUAGUGGAUGUUAUUAUUCCUCGCCCAAAUCCAAAUCGAGAGCAGAAUGCAGGUGUCGGAAAGGUGUUUCUGGAAUACUCUGAUGUUGGCAGUUGUGCCAAUGCGAGAACUCAUCUAACUGGACGGAAAUUUGGAGGCAAUGUUGUUUGCACAAGUUAUUAUCCAGAAGACAAUUACCUCAAUGGAGACUACAGUAUGUGAUCCCGCUUUCCCUGUUUCAAGUCUACAAAUGUACAGAAAGUCUCAUGAUUUAGUAGUUUUGGUGGGGUAGUUUCAACGAUUACAUUUUAAAGAUGCUUGUAGUUUAUUGGUGUAGAAGAGCAUGUAUUUCGUUUCAUUUUUUCCUCAUCUUUGCAUGCUUGUGUUGAGCGAUCGGUAGGGUUGGUGUUCAGUGAUCCAUGGGCGAAGAGGGAAGCUUUCAUGCCCAUUGUAGAUGGAUGCAAAUUUGUGAAAAGAAAAAUGAAUAUAAAAGAUUGAAGCCGAACUUUGUUUACUUGGGCCUCUGAUGCAUGGUUGUGACAAUGUCAUAACAAUUGAAAACUGGGUUUCUUUGAUUAAUAGUAGAGAUGUUAUUCAAGGUGUGAUGGAUGGUUGUGACAAUGCCAUAAUGUAAUAGCUGAAUUUUUUUAAUAGUGUACUCAUUUUUACUAAAUAAAAAAGAUUGAAGCCAGCCAGACUUUAUUAACUUUGGUGGAGA